AGCGGCGUCAGUGUGGUGCGUCGAGGCGCCGGGGGUCGACUUGCAAACCUCGCGCCACUCUCUCUCUCUCUCUCUCUCUCUCUUGCUGCAACCACGCGCAGAACAGAUACGCCAUGGCGGCUGAUAAGGCGACGCCGAAGACCGCGGAAGACGCAGACGCGCCGGGGGAGAAGCAGUACACGGACAUCUGCCUGCAGGACAGCUCCGUCAAUGGAGAGAAAACUGCAGGAAAUUAUGGAGAAGAGACCUCUGACCCCACAAGAACUGUUGAGGGCGCGGUUAGUCAGGGAGGCGGAAUCUCUGCCUGACAUGUGGGACUCUCAAGAUAGGCGGUACACCGGUAUACCUGAGGAGGACGGUGAUCUCAGCAAUGUCGCCUCCUCGAAGCUGUUCAUCCUGUCUAUGGACGAGAACCAGAAGGAAGCGACCCGCAAGGGGGGAGGCGGCGGGCCGCACGAGAUGAACGCUGACGUCCGGCACCCCACAUCGUUCGUGGAGUCGCUGAUCCACCUGCUGAAGGGCAACAUCGGCUCCGGGCUGUUCGCCAUGGGGGACGGCUUCCACAACGCCGGCCUCGUCGUAGGGCCCGUCAUGACGCUGGUGCUGGGCUUCGUCUGCGUGCACAGCCAGCACCUGCUGAUAAACUCGGCGUGGGAGCUGAAGGCGCGGACGGGAAGCGACUGUCUGCCCACGUUCGCCGACACCCUGGAGCUGUCCUUCAAGACGGGCCCGCCCAUGUUCCAGAGAUACGCCAAGGCGGUGCGACUGUGUAUUAAUACGUUUCUUUGCAUAACGCAAAUGGGAUUUUGCUGCGUGUAUUUCGUGUUCAUCGCCGAGAACGUGAAACAGGUGAUGGACUUCUACGAGGUGCGCCUGGACGUCCACCUGCACAUGUUCAUCGUGCUGUGGCCCAUCCUGCUGUCGUGCUGGGUGCGCAACCUCAAGUACCUGGUGCCCAUCUCGCUGGCGGCCAACGUGUUCAUCGCCGUCGGCGUCGUGUGCUCCUUCUUCUUCAUCACCGCCGACCUGCCCGCGCCGUCGUCGCGGGACUACGCGGCGUCCUGGGGCCAGUUCCCGCUCUUCUUCGGCACCGUCAUCUACGCCUUCGAGGGCAUCAGCCUGGUGCUUCCGGUCCAGCACCAGAUGAAGAAGCCGCGGGAGUUCGCCAUGCCGCUGGGGGUGCUGAACGUCGGCAUGACCUUCACGGCCGUGCUGUUCGUCACCAUGGGCUUCCUCAGCUACCUCAAGUACGGCGACGACAUCAAGGGCAGCCUCACGCUCAACCUGCCCGAGGACAACGUAUUAGCGCAGUGCGUGAAAAUCUUCAUCUCGCUGGGGAUUCUGUUUUCUUACGCGCUCCAGAUGUACGUACCCAUCGACAUAAUCUGGCCAGAGCUGCGCAAGAGGUACGAGCCGUUCGCUUACCCCUGCGUCGCGGAGCUGUCCUUCAGGACGGCGCUGGUGCUGUUCACUUUCGUCCUGGCGGAGAUAAUCCCGCACCUGGGGCUGUUCAUCUCGCUGAUCGGCGCCGUCAGCAGCACGGCGCUGGCGCUGCUCUUCCCGGCCCUGCUCGACGUCGUCACCUUCUGGGAGGACGGCUUCGGCCGCUUCCACUGCCGCAUCGUCAAGAACUGCGCCAUCUUCCUGGUGGGCGUGCUGGGCUUCGUCACCGGCACCUACGUCAGCCUGCAGCAGAUAGCCGCCGCCUUCUUCCACUGACCCGCCCCUCGCGCCGCUUCCGUUUGUACAUACGCAAAUAAACCACGCUGUACGUAAA